GAGCUGAGCCCUGCACCAGGGCUCGUAGUCUCCCGCAGGCUCUCAGCCAUGGGCGCUGUCUGGUCAGCCCUGCUGAUCGGCGGGGGUCUGGCGGGAGCGCUCAUCCUGUGGCUGCUGCGGAGCGAUUCUGGGGCCCCGGGAAAAGAUGGAAAAGGUGCGCAGAAGGGCGCACCUCCAGGGGAGGCUGCGGCCCCGGGAGGCGGUCCGGGUGGUGGUGGCAGUGGCGGCCCUGAACCAUCGGAUCCGGAGCUGGUCUCCAAAACAGAGCAUCUUCAAGAAAGCAACGGACAUUUGAUUUCUGAGAGCAAAGAUCUUGGUAACCUGCCGGAAGCACAGAGGCUGCAGAAUGUUGGAGCAGACUGGGGCAAUGCCAGAGAGUAUGUUCCUGUUGGAAAGAUUCCAGACACACACUCCAGGGCCAACUCUGAAACGUCAAGAAAUCAAAGCCCAGAAUCUCACGUAGGAGAAUGGAGACUCCCCAAAGGACAAGAAACAGCUGUUAAAGUAGCUGGCAGUGUGGCUGAGAAGCUGCCCUCCAGCAGCCUGCCCAUGGACAGAGCUAAAACAGCCAGUCUUGCACAAUCGGUCAGUCAGGACCCUGCAGGCCAUGAGGACUGGGAAGUGGUAUCUAGGCACUCAAAUUGGGGGAGUGUUGGUUUGGGUGGCAGUCUUGAGGCUUCUAGGUUAAGUCUAAAUCAGGGAAUGGACGCUAGCACAAACAAUCUUGUGGGAGGAAGAGGCUGGGGAGUAGAUGGGAAGAUGGUGUCUCUGGAACCUCAACAGGUCAGCAUCCAGUUCCAGGUGCACUACACCACAAGCACCGAUGUGCAGUUCAUUGCAGUAACCGGAGACCAUGAGAGUCUUGGGGGAUGGAACACGUACAUCCCACUCCAUUACUGCAAGGACGGGCUCUGGUCUCAUUCUGUCUUCCUGCCUGCAGACACAGUAGUGGAGUGGAAGUUUGUGCUGGUAGAGAAUAAGAAAGUUACUCGCUGGGAAGAAUGCAGCAAUAGACUCCUACAGACCGGCCAUGAGGAUAAAGUGGUUCAUGGGUGGUGGGGGAUUCACUGACUCAGUUUUCAGAGCAUCCAAGAGGCUGCAGCAGAAUGUGGAAGAGGCUAAGGCUGUAGAGCACACUGUGUAGUUUAAAAAUAAAGGUGGUGUGUUUCCAAUUGUAGCCAUCAGGGUUCUUUCAGAUUUGCUAGUGUGGCUUUUGUCCAAAAUGUAGGAAGAUGUAUGCUUGCAGAUAAUGCUUCCUAUAAGCUGGCACUUGUCCCUCGUUGUAUUGACUGGUUUGUGCUGACACAUCAUGACUGUGAUUGAUCAUCCUGGGUAGUUGCUUUGGCUAUGCCUGACGUAUGGACUACAUACGGGCAAGGAGAAACUAAGCAACUGCACAGGUACAAGUUAGAGCUCUUAGGAGCUCUUAGACUAGGGAGGCUACAGUAAGUGUCAUCAAACACAGCUAAAGCAACACUGUUUACAUUCAAUAGUAACAGCAUAUGAAACUGUGACCAGUAAGGAUAGGAGUGAAACUUCCUGUUAGUUUUUAUUACAUUUUAACUGCUGAGGAUAGACGAGACAUUAGCAGGUAUGUCUUUGUCUUAGUGGCUGAAAGCCUAUUCAGAGUUAGUCAUCUAGGAAGCAGAGCAUGAGGGGUUGAGAUGUGAGAUGCUGAGGUGGCUUGAAGGGUAUAGUUCUUUGAGGACUGGGGUUACAAGUCGGAGUCUGGUGCAUCCCUUCUUUACCCACAAUGCCUUGGUGGGACCAUCUCUGCUCACUGUUCCACCUCAUUCCUACUAGGUGUCAACAAAUGGGCUGCCCCAGAGACAUCUUUUCCAUCUGUUCACUCUUCACUCUCCUUACAUAGCAGAGAGUGAAAAUCUAUAUAGGACCAUGAUACAAAAGAAUGUCUGCUCUGAGAAUAAACAAUUAAGCUUUAAGUUAUAACUGAAUAAAUAAAUCCCAAGUUUUAAUAUCUUUA